GCCCGCCCCGCUCCGAAAAGCCCUGCCGCCCGCAGCCGGCUUUACUCCAGCACGCCGACCUCCCGGCUGCAGUCCUGCCUGUUUGGACGCCUCCUGGUCCAGCUCCCUCAGCCCUUCGCCUGCUCACCCAGGUCAGGGGCUCCGCGGAGGCCGCGUCUUCCACGUCUCCCAGGAGACGCCCUUUCCGUGUGCGCCCGGGACUUGGUGAAACUUUGCAGGCGCCCGCGGUGAAAUGGAUUUAAUCCGAGGAGUCCUGCUCCGGCUCCUGCUCCUGGCUUCCAGCCUCGGACCCGGCGCUGCCCCGCUCAGAUCAGCGCUCAGAAAACAAGGCAAGGUUGGACCACCUCUUGAUAUCAUGCUGGAUGCUCUGAACUGUUCAGCUUUCAGCAUACAAUGGAAGAUGCCUAGGCACCCUCCGAGCCCCAUCAUGGGGUAUACUGUCUUUUACUCUGAGGUCGGUGUAGACAAGUCCCUGCAGGAGCGGUCCUAUGGUGUGCCGCCCGGCCUGGAUACCCCGACCUCUGGACGAUUGGAUCAUCAGAUGAUUUUUGAGGAAGUGAUCGGAGAUUUGAAACCAGGCACUGAAUACCGCGUGAGCGUGGCAGCUUACAGCCAGACUGGCAAAGGGCGGCUUAGCUCUCCUCAGCAUGUUACCACUUUGCCCCAAGACUCCUGCCUGGCUCCAACAGCACCCCAGCAGCCGCACGUCACUGUGGUUUCUGAUUCCGAGGUGGCCCUGUCUUGGAAACCUGGAGAGAGUGAAGGAAGCUCUCCUAUUCAGUACUAUUCUGUGGAAUUCACCAGGCCAGAUUUCGACAAGAGUUGGACCUCAAUCCGAGAACAGAUCCAGAUGGAUUCCAUGGUUAUCAAGGGCCUCGAUCCUGAUACCAACUACCAGUUUGCUGUGAGGGCCGUGAAUCCGCAUGGUUCCAGCCCUCGAAGUCAGCCCAGCAGCACCAUCCGAACUGCCCGUCCCGAGGAGUCAGGAAGUGGGCGCUAUGGACCCCAUUAUGCAACCGACACAGAGGCUGGCGAGGAUGAUGACACAUUUGAAGACGACUUAGAUUUGGAUAUUUCCUUUGAGGAGGUUAAACCACUUCCUGCUAUCAAAGAAGGGAAUAAGAAAUUUUUUCUGGAAUCCAAGAUGGCACCUAGACCGAACCCAAUGACUGUUUCUAGGCUUGUCCCCCCAACCGCAGCCUCUCUCCCCACAGCUGCAGCGGCCCCCCGGCCCACCCCAGUGGACAGGAAAGGAAAGCAUGGUGUGGCUGUGAUGCCAAGGCUUUUUGACACGUCUUGCGAUGAAACUCUUUGCUCUGCCGACAGCUUUUGUGUCAGUGACUACACCUGGGGGGGCUCUCGAUGCCACUGCAACCUGGGCAAAGGCGGUGAGAGCUGCUCAGAAGAUAUUGUUAUACAGUAUCCUCAGUUCUUUGGUCACUCCUAUGUAACCUUUGAACCUUUGAAGAACUCUUACCAGGCAUUUCAAAUUACUCUUGAAUUUAGGGCAGAGGCUGAGGACGGCUUACUGCUCUACUGCGGGGAGAAUGAGCAUGGCAGGGGGGAUUUCAUGUCCCUGGCUGUCAUCCGGCGCUCGCUCCAGUUCAGGUUUAACUGUGGAACUGGGGUCGCCAUCAUUGUAAGCGAGACCAAAAUCAAACUCGGGGGCUGGCACACCGUUACGCUCUACAGAGAUGGGUUGAACGGGCUGCUGCAGCUGAACAAUGGCACCCCAGUGACGGGCCAGUCCCAGGGCCAGUACAGUAAAAUUACCUUCCGGACACCACUCUAUCUUGGUGGCGCUCCCAGUGCUUACUGGUUGGUGAGAGCAACAGGGACAAACCGAGGCUUUCAAGGCUGUGUGCAGGCCCUCACUGUUAACGGGAAGAGAUUGGACCUGAGGCCCUGGCCGCUGGGGAAAGCGCUCAGCGGGGCCGAUGUGGGGGAGUGCAGCAGUGGGAUCUGUGAUGAAGCCUCGUGCAUCAACGGUGGCACCUGCACGGCAAGCAAGGCCGAUUCCUACAUUUGCCUCUGUCCCCUGGGCUUUCGAGGUCGACACUGUGAAGAUGCUUUCACCUUGACCAUUCCUCAGUUCAAAGAGUCUCUGAGGUCCUACGCUGCAACCCCCUGGCCUCUGGAGCCCCGGCAUUACCUUUCCUUCAUGGAAUUUGAGAUCACAUUUCGGCCGGAUUCGGAAGAUGGCGUGCUCCUGUACAGCUAUGACACGGGCAGCAAAGACUUCCUGUCCAUCAACAUGGCAGGGGGCCACGUGGAGUUCCGCUUUGACUGUGGCUCUGGGACUGGUGUUCUCAGGAGUGAAGAGCCCCUCACCCUGGGCCACUGGCACGAGCUGCGUGUGUCCCGCACAGCAAAGAAUGGCAUCUUGCAGGUGGAUAAGCAGAAGGCGGUGGAGGGGAUGGCAGAGGGAGGCUUCACCCAGAUUAAGUGCAACUCGGACAUUUUCAUCGGUGGGGUCCCCAAUUAUGAUGACGUGAAGAAGAACUCGGGCAUCCUCAAGCCAUUCAGUGGGAGCAUCCAGAAGAUCAUCCUGAAUGACCGGACCAUCCACGUGAAGCAUGACUUCACGUGGGGCGUGAACGUGGAGAAUGCAGCCCACCCCUGCGUGGGGUCCCCCUGUGCCCAUGGGGGCAGCUGCCGACCCAGGAAGGAGGGCUAUGAGUGUGACUGCCCCUUGGGCUUCGAGGGGCUGCACUGCCAGAAAGCGAUCACAGAAGCUAUUGAGAUCCCGCAGUUUAUCGGCCGCAGUUACCUGACGUAUGACAAUCCAGAUAUUCUCAAGAGGGUGUCAGGAUCAAGAUCAAACGCGUUCAUGCGGUUUAAGACAACUGCCAAAGAUGGCCUGUUGCUGUGGAGGGGAGACAGCCCCAUGAGACCCAACAGUGACUUCAUUUCCUUGGGCCUUCGGGAUGGAGCCCUGGUGUUCAGCUAUAACCUGGGCAGUGGUGUGGCAUCCAUCAUGGUGAAUGGCUCAUUCAACGACGGUCGGUGGCAUCGAGUCAAGGCCGUUCGGGAUGGCCAAUCAGGAAAGAUAACCGUGGAUGACUAUGGGGCCAGAACAGGCAAGUCACCUGGCAUGAUGAGGCAGCUCAACAUCAACGGAGCUCUGUAUGUGGGUGGAAUGAAGGAAAUCGCUCUGCACACUAACAGGCAGUACAUGCGAGGCCUUGUGGGCUGCAUUUCUCAUUUCACCCUGUCCACCGAUUACCACAUUUCCCUGGUGGAAGACGCCGUGGAUGGGAAAAACAUCAACACUUGCGGAGCCAAGUAACACCAGCUGGCCCUGCCCAAAAGACCGAGCCUUCAAUCCUGAGAGUCCCGGGGGCCCGAGACCCUGCCUGACACAGAGGCACGGGGACCAGGAGUGUGUCUUGUCCUCAAGGAGCAAGUUCACCCUGAUGAGAAACUAGAACCGAGGCGGGAGUCCCUCGGUGGCCUUUCCUGCUGACACUCUGUGGGCCAAGCCCAAAGGAACACUCUGUGUAGGAAGCAUGAGACUUCGUCCACUGAGUGUGUGGCGGCUGCCAGAGAGCACACAUCAAGGCGAAUUUCCGAGCCCGUCUGCUGUAGUUCAAUGACUGUGUUGUGAUUCAUAGUUCAUUUUAAAAAAAAGAGAGAGAGAGACCCAAAGGGCAGUAUUAAAAUACUUCUCUCCUCUCCUGACUCAUCACACUCUUACUGACAGCAGAAUGACUGUAAAACCUUGACCCUCUGUUUUCUCACUUCGGCCCAUGAAUAACUAGGAUUAACCCCUUCCCCUCCUCGCUGGCUGGUUCAAUGUGCUCGGACUAUGAAAAUAAGGAUGAAGGGAGACUAGAGAUAGAAUCAUAAUUAUGAAGCUGCCCGCCCCCCUCCACCGCCACCAACCCUGGAAAGUUUACCUUUAAUGAGAAAUCCUUACUUUUUAUAAUGCAAAUCUCAGAAAAUGGGCACCAUGAUUUUGUAGCUCUCCUUUUGUAUGUGUAUAUUUUUAUAGUGACCGACUGUCCAUGCGGUAUACUUUUGCGAGUUUGAGUGGACGACCCUGAGUUCUUCGCACACUUCCUAGAAUUUUCUCCCAAAGGAGACUUGUGUGGGCCCUUCAUGGCAUCAGCGGUGUGGGGUGGGUCACAGGGGUGGGCACCUUGGGGAGCUGACCAUUCCCUCUUGGUAAAGGAUGGCUCAAAGAGGCGAAUAUGAAGCUUCCCGAACAAGCAGAUGAGAAGGCACCAGUGUUACUGAGGUGGGUCACUGUCCUGGUUUUGAGAGAAGGGGAUGUCUGUAGUACACUUGAAUAAAGGAGAUGAAGGCUA